AUGAUACCUCCACCCAUGAAGAUGCAGGGGACCCUUAAAUUCAGGACGCUGAGCACCAGGGCGGCUCUGUCUCCCAAGGCUGUGCUGCCCUUUGAAGCCAUCCCCCAGUGUCCCAGCUCCGCGUGGAUGAGGAUGCUGCAGAUCUGGAGAGAGAAGGGAUAUGAGAACAUCCACCUGGAGAUGCAUCGCAACUUCCAGGAGCUGGGGCCCAUUUUCAGGUAUAACCUGGCGGGACGACAAGUUGUGUCUGUGAUGCUGCCGGAGGACGUGGAGAGGCUGCAGCAGGUGGAGAGCCAGCACCCCCAGCGGGUGUACCCAGAGCCCUGGGUGGCCUACAGACAGCAUCGUGGACAGAAAUGUGGCAUGUUCUUGCUGUGA